CUACUAGGAGACAGACACACUUUCCUGGCCCGACUCAAAGAAGGGGGGAAAACAGGAGGAAGAUUUUUUUUUCAAUAUCAUUUUAAUUUUCCCCUCAUUCAACAAUCAAGCUGCCCUAAAGCUUCUCUUCCUGGAAACUCUUCUUCACUGCCUACUGGAAGUUCUAUGUAUUGAUCCACUUACCCUCUCACACACUACAAGGCUUACCUCAUGGAUUUGUAUCUGAUUGGAUAUUUGAUGUGUGUGUGGUUGUCCAGCUCACGGGUGCUUGGAGGCUAUCCCAUCUGGUGGUCCCUGGCCCUCGGGCAGCAGUACUCAUCUUUGGGCUCCCAACCCAUCCUGUGCGGCUCUAUCCCCGGCCUCGUACCCAAGCAGCUCCGUUUCUGUCGCAACUACAUUGAGAUUAUGCCCAGUGUCGCUGAAGGCGUCAAGCUGGGGAUCCAAGAAUGCCAGCACCAGUUUAGGGGCCGCCGAUGGAACUGUACCACCAUCAAGGACAACCUGGCCAUUUUUGGUCCUGUCCUAGACAAAGCAACCAGAGAGUCAGCGUUUGUCCAUGCUAUAGCUUCAGCAGGCGUUGCAUUUGCAGUGACACGCUCGUGCGCUGAAGGCACAUCGACCAUGUGCGGGUGCGACUCCCACCACAAGGGCCCCCCAGGGGAGGGCUGGAAAUGGGGUGGCUGCAGCGAAGACGCAGAGUUCGGGGUGCUGGUGUCCAGGGAGUUUGCAGACGCCAGAGAGAAUCGUCCGGACGCUCGAUCAGCAAUGAAUCGGCACAACAACGAGGCCGGACGCACGACUAUCCUCGACCACAUGCACCUGCGCUGCAAGUGUCACGGCCUCUCCGGCAGCUGUGAGGUGAAGACGUGCUGGUGGGCGCAGCCGGACUUCCGCAUGCUGGGCGACUACCUGAAGGACAAGUACGACAGCGCCUCGGAGAUGGUGGUCGAGAAGCACCGCGAGUCUCGCGGCUGGGUGGAGACCCUGCGAGUCAAGUACGCCUUCUUCAAGCACCCCACUGAGCGUGACCUGGUGUACUAUGAGGGCUCGCCCAAUUUCUGCGAGCCCAACCCAGAGACGGGCUCAUUUGGGACGCGUGACCGUGCCUGCAACGUGUCAUCGCACGGCAUCGAGGGGUGCGACCUGCUGUGUUGCGGCCGUGGCCACAACACUCGGACUGAGAAACGCAAAGAGAAGUGCCACUGCAUCUUCCACUGGUGCUGCUACGUCAGCUGUCAGGAGUGUGUGCGUGUCUAUGAUGUGCACACGUGCAAAGCACUCAGUGCAGAGAAGAUUUUGUCUGAAUUUCUGGGAACAAAAAGAAAAAAACAAAAAACAGGGGGACAUGUGACGACACGUGGAGACCACAUGGGCUGAGAUCUGAUUGGCUGUCUCAUCCUUCCAUCCAUGCUUUCAGUCAGUUGGACUGUCAGGGGCUUUAAGAAGGUUGAUUUCUGAACUUGUAUUCUUGUCAGUACACUCCAAAACACUCCUGCCUUGCUGUUUUGGUUUGGGAAAUAUUGGAAAAACAAUUUACUGCCAUUUAAUCAAAAUAUUGUUUUUCAUAGGCACUGAUGUCAGCACAUUGUGACGUGCAGUUUUUAACAAGAGGAAUUGGUUUUAAGACCGCUGACAAUAAUUGCUGUGAUUUGUGGGUGGACUGUAAAGACUGCCAGUUCAUGCAGUUUUAAGAAAGUCUGAUUCUGAGAACAUGGAGCGCACAACGGGUGAUUUCUAUGGGAUGUGUGUGUGUGUGUGUGAGACAAGUGACUCCAGCAGAGGAUGGAUGGACGGACGGACAGCAAGCUGGCUCUUCACAAUGGUGGAACAAACUGUGAGAGGUUUCCACACAACAUGUUCUGACAGUCCCACCUGCUUCCUAUUAAUUAUAUUCAACAACAGAAACACAAGUUACCCAGUAGUGUGUAG